ACUCAAUAUAUAUAGACUCACUUCACCUGGCAAAGUAAUCAAUCACUAGCAGUUGUAGCAACCAUGGGAGAGGUUGACCCAGUUUUCAUCCAAGAUCCAGAACACAGGCCAAAGCUCUCCAUCAUUGAAGCCGAAGGAAUUCCUGUAAUUGACCUCUCCUCAAUAAUCCAACACACAGUUCAAGACCCUUCUGCCAUUGAAGGCUUAGUGAAAGAGAUAGGAAUUGCAUGCAAGGAGUGGGGCUUCUUCCAAGUAACAAAUCAUGGGGUGCCCCUGAGUUUAAGGCAGAGGAUCGAGGAAGCCUCGAGGAUGUUCUUUGCACAGAGCUUAGAGGAGAAGAGGAAGGUUAGCAGAGGUGAGUUCACUGUGACUGGUUAUUAUGACACAGAGCACACCAAGAACGUUAGGGACUGGAAGGAAGUGUUUGAUUUUCUAGCCAAAGAACCCACUUUUGUUCCUGCCACUUCUGAUGAACAUGAUGAUCAACUCACUCAGUGGACUAAUCAAACCCCUGAAUACCCUCCACAAUUCGGGGUUAUAAUCCAAGAGUAUAUUCAAGAGAUGGAAAAGCUGGCCUCUAAGUUGCUGGAGCUUAUAGCUCUGAGCUUAGGCCUUGGAGCAAAGAGUUUUGAAGAAUUUUUUAUCAAUGAGCAAACCAGCUUUAUUCGACUUAACCACUAUCCUUCAUGCCCUUACCCUCAACUGGCUCUUGGAGUUGGUCGACACAAGGAUGGUGGUGCUUUAACUAUUCUUGCCCAAGAUGAGGUUGGAGGACUUGAAGUGAAACGUAAAGCAGAUCAAGAAUGGGUUCGAGUGAAACCCACCCCAGAUGCUUAUAUCAUAAACGUUGGUGAUAUUAUUCAGGUUUGGAGCAAUGACGCUUAUGAGAGUGUGGAACACAGAGCGAUGGUUAACUCUGAGAAAGAAAGGUUUUCCAUUCCUUUCUUCUUCAACCCAGCACACGACACCGAAGUCAAGCCUUUGGAGGAGCUGAUAAAUGAGCAAAACCCUUCAAAAUAUAGGCCAUACAAAUGGGGCAAGUUUCUUGUGGAAAAUGUUCAAAUUUAUCAUUAUAAGCUAGCUUAAAGGAAGUGUAAUAGGAGUAGCACUUAGCUUGUGCAUGUAAAUUGGGUGAUAAUAAUAAUGUAGAAGCAGCUUGAUCAAGACAAUGUUUGUGAUGAGCGACUGCAAUCGAAUUUGCUGCUAAAAUUUACUAGUGGAUAUAAUAAAUGUUUCUACUUGAUGGAAAUUCUGUAGCAUAUUUAUAUG